GGGCAAGGCGCGGAGCUGCACGCGGCAGAGGCGGGAGCGGUGCGGAAGGAGUCAGGUGAGACUAGUGAAAGAACAAGAAAAGGCUGGGUGUGAUUGAACCAGGAGAUUUUGGACUGUGGCUGAGGAUGGGUGAGGAAGGCCCUCCCAGUUUGGAGUAUAUCCAGGCCAAGGACUUGUUCCCACCAAAAGAGCUCAUAAAGGAGGAAGAGUCAUUGCAGGUCCCAUUCACUGUGUUGCAGGGUGAGGGAGUGGAAUACCUUGGCCAUGCAAACGACGCAGUGAUUGCCAUCUCCAACUACCGGCUUCACAUCAAAUUCAAGGAUUCUGUGAUCAAUGUGCCUUUGAGGAUGAUGGAAAGUGUGGAGUGCCGGGAUAUGUUCCAGCUUCACAUUGUCUGCAAGGACUCCAAAGUGAUCAGGUGCCAUUUUUCCACCUUUAAGCAGUGCCAGGAGUGGCUGAAGAGGCUGACUCGAGCCAUCGCCCGCCCUGCUAAGCCUGAGGACCUCUUCGCAUUUGCCUACCAUGCAUGGUGCUUAGGAGUCUGUGUUGAUGAGGAGGAUCAACAUGCACAUCUCUGCCGUCCAGGAGACCAUGUGAAAUACCGGUUUGAGAUGGAGCUGGUGAGGAUGGGCUUUGACUUGCAGAAUGUCUGGCGCGUCUCUGAUAUCAACAACAAUUACAAGCUUUGUUCCAGUUAUCCCCAGAAGCUGCUGGUCCCUGUCUGGAUCACUGACAAAGAGCUAGAGAAUGUGGCAUCGUUUAGGUCAUGGAAAAGGAUCCCUGUGGUGGUGUAUAGACACGUGCGCAACGGGGCAGUGAUUGCACGUUGCAGCCAGCCUGAAAUCAGCUGGUGGGGCUGGCGAAAUGCUGACGACGAGUACCUUGUGACAUCUAUUGCCAAAGCCUGUGCCUUGAACCCUGGAGUGAAGGUAGCCGGCGGUGUGCCGCACGCCGGGAGCAGUGAUGGCAGCGAGGCCUGCGAUGCCGACUUCGACUCAUCCCUGACUGCGUGCUCAGGUGUGGAGAAUGCUGCAACUCCUCAGAAGCUGCUGAUUCUUGAUGCCAGGUCCUACACUGCAGCCGUGGCCAACAGAGCGAAGGGAGGUGGCUGCGAAUGUGAAGAGUAUUACCCAAACUGUGAAGUCGUGUUCAUGGGCAUGGCCAACAUCCACUCCAUCCGGAACAGCUUCCAGUAUCUGCGUGCUGUCUGCAGCCAGGUGCCAGACCCCAGCAACUGGCUUUCAGCCCUGGAGAGUACCAAGUGGCUGCAGCACCUUUCUGUCAUGCUUAAAGCAGCAGUGCUAGUCUCCAGUGCGGUUGACAGAGAAGGACGUCCGGUGCUGGUUCAUUGCUCUGAUGGCUGGGACAGGACUCCACAGAUUGUAGCACUGGCCAAGAUUCUUCUGGACCCUUACUACAGGACCAUGGAGGGCUUCCAGGUGCUUGUUGAAUCAGAUUGGCUGGAUUUUGGUCACAAGUUUGGCGAUCGCUGUGGUCACCAGGAGAAGGUGGAAGAUCAGAACGAGCAGUGCCCAGUUUUUCUCCAGUGGCUGGAUGCUGUUCAUCAGCUUCUGAAGCAAUUCCCUUGCCUCUUUGAAUUCAACGAAGCUUUCUUGGUGAAACUGGUGCAGCACACAUAUUCCUGCCUCUAUGGGACCUUCCUUGGGAACAGCCCCUGCGAGCGAGAGAUGCACAACAUCUAUAAGCGUACCUGCUCCGUCUGGUCCCUCCUGCGAGCUGGCAAUAAGAACUUCCACAAUCUUCUCUACAUGCCAGGAUCUGAGCAGGUGCUGCACCCAGUGUGCCAUGUGCGAGCCCUGCAUCUUUGGACAGCAGUGUAUCUCCCAACUUCCUCACCGCAUCCUCUGGGACAGGAUGAUAUGGACAUUUACCCACCCCCUGGAUCUCAGAGCCAGGAGUUCAGUGGCAGAUGUUUGGACAGAUUACCAAAGACAAGAUCAAUGGAUGACCUGCUCUCAGCCUGUGACUCCAGCAGCCCGCUGACCCGCACAUCUAGUGAUCCUAACCUGAAUAACCACUGUCAGGAAGUCCGGGUGGGUUUGGAACCCCGGCACAGCACCACUGAGGGAGCUGAGCUGCACUUGGGUGAAGGCAGUGCGGUGGCUGCAGGAGAGCUGCAGCAGGUGGAGGAGGAAAAUGCUGCCUUGCAAGCCAGUAGUGCUUGCAGCAAGCGUGCUGAGCACCAAGGGCACAGCAAGGAACUGAGCAGCUGGGCUUCAGUGCCAGCAAACAGUGUCUCUGCAGAGGCUGAAAAGGGAAAUGGAACAUACACGGAGGAAGAGAACAGCAUGUGUCCAGCUCCAAAUCCUUCUGGACAGGAAGAUGUCAAUAGUGUUUCCACCAGUUCUGGAAAGCAGUUAGAAAUCUGUUCCCAGGAACUAGAAACCUGUCCCCAAGAACCUUUGAAGGCUGCUGGCAUAGUGUCCAAUGGAGGAGACUGCCCCAAGAGAAAUGUCACAGGCCAAGAUGCUUCCAGGCAGGUGUCCCUGGCAGCAAACACCCCUUGCCUGGACAUCCCAGGCCCUGCCCUGACCAUCCCCUGCCCAGAUGAAGACAAUAGCAAAGGUGAUGCUGGAAGUAGCGUGCCCUGUGAGGAGCCAGCCCGGCUGGGGAGAGUCCCUCUGGAGCAGUGGCGCAAGCCCAUCUCCCAGAGCCAGAGCAGUGAGUUCUCCUUCCUGGGCUCCAACUGGGACAGUUUUCAAGGAAUGGUGACAUCGCUCCCCAGUGGGGAGCCUGCACCCAAGCACCUCCUCUCCUAUGGCUGCUGUAGCAAGAGGAUGAGCAGCAAACCUGUGCGGGUACCAAGCCUGUGCCUCAGCAGCCAGUGGUCUGCCAGAGAAGGUGUAAAGCCCUCAGCCUGCCCUGGCCACAGCAUGCAUUGUGCAGGCUCCGCAGGGAAGCCCAGCCGUUCAUGGCUACCCUGCCACCUGAAACAAGUGUCUGGUCCCAAGCACAUGCCACCAAAAUGUCCUUCUCCUGUGCCUCCUCUCUACCUGGAUGAUGACGGGCUGCCCUUCCCCACGGAUGUGAUCCAGCACCGGCUGCGGCAGAUCGAGGCCAGCUACAAGCAGGAGGUGGAGCAGCUGCGCAGGCAAGUGCGAGAGCUGCAGCUGCGCCUGGACAUCCGCCACUUCUGUGCUCCCCCAGCUGAGCCUCCCAUGGACUACGAGGAUGACUUUACAUGUUUGAAGGAAUCGGACAGCAGCGACACUGAGGAUUUCUGCUCUGAUCAUAGUGAGGACUGUUUGUCAGAAGCAAGCUGGGAGCCUGUGGAUAAGAAGGAGACUGAGGUCACGCGGUGGGUUCCAGACCAUAUGGCCUCACACUGUUUUAACUGCGAUUGUGAAUUCUGGCUGGCCAAGCGGAGGCACCACUGCAGGAACUGUGGGAACGUGUUUUGUGCUGCUUGCUGCCACCUGAAGUUGCCCAUCCCUGAUCAGCAGUUGUACGACCCUGUCCUCGUUUGUAACUCCUGUUAUGACCACAUCCAAGUCUCUCGUGCCAGGGAGCUCAUGAGCCAACAUCUGAAGAAGCCCAUUGCCACAGCUUCCAGCUGAAUGCCAGCACAAGGGACCUGUCUAAGCCCAGCCUCUCCUCUUGUGGGUUUGACUGGUGACUGCCUCCACUGUCAUUGUGAAGGCCUUUGGUGCAAGGCUUGGACACCAAGCUUGAAUGCAUUGUCUUCAGCAGUCUUACUAUCAGUCUGGAGCAGAGGGCCUCAGAUUAGAGAGUAUGGUGUUUGUGUCCCCAUGCUGGUACCAUUGUAGCCUUGACAAGCUAGGGCUAAAGAGGGGAUUGCAACCUCUUUCUUUUGUGGGCUGGAAAGCAAUGUGUUCACAGAUAGUGCCCAUGCAAAGUACCCCCGAAGCAACAGAAAUGCAGGUUUAGAACCAGCUCCCACUGCAAAGGUUGGCUGCUGUGUGAGAAGGAAGAGGGCAGGCUCCAGUGGUGCCAUGGGCUGCGGAAGAGCCUGGAGCAGCUCUGGAUUCUCUUUCCAUGAGUGUGAUUUGCGAUCAGCUGGGUGAAUAAGACUCAUCAGCCAUCACUAAGGGAUCUUCUCUUGUGCGUUGAAGAGAAAUUCACUGUGGCUGAAGAGGGGCCCAGCAGAUCUUGCCUCUUUCCACGCUCCGCUGGCACUGGUGAAUGCACUUGACUUUGCCCCUGCCCCCAGCACUGCGGGAGAUGGGAGGUUGGCUUUCCACUUCUGCUCUGCCCAUCUGCUUGUAUGCGCUCAUGUCACAGCCUGGUGCUAACAGGAAUGGCACUCUGAUCCUUUCCUGGCACGGAAACAGAACUCAUGUUCCUCUGGUGUUCCUCCUCUCCUUUUCUGCCCUCAGCUCUCCACUUCGUACUGCUCUUUAUCCUGAAAACUUGAUACCUUGAGGGUACAGGCCAUAAUGUCUUGUUUUACCUCCUGAAAUGUGCUGUCUGGUGUAUGUGAGGGUUUCAGUUCAAAUGCUGCUAUAUAUUUCUGUGCACUUAAUGUAACCCGAAGAAGGGAGAAUGAAGCAUGGAUACCAAAACGGGGAUGGGGAAGGACACUGGCUCACAAAGACACUGUCCUCUGCUUUUCACUUCA